AGUGCUCCACUGGUGCGGCGCGGAGCGAGGGCGACGUCACCUUCUUCAGGCCCCGCCCCGCCCGGGGGUAGGCGUAGGCGGUAGGCCUCAGCUCGGCUCAGCCGCCUCGCUCGAAGUCGAACCAGAAAGCGAAGCAGAGCAGAGGAAGCGAGGCGCGCGGGCGGGCGGCGGAGGCGAAGAUGUCGGCGGGGCUGGUGACCGACGAGGCCACCGUGGGGCGGCUCUACCGGAUCCGGCGCACGGUGAUGCAGAUGCUGCGUGACCGUGGCUACCUGGUGGUGGAGCACGAGCUCGCCACCAGCCGCCGCGACUUCCUCCGCAAGUUCGGCGAGUCCUUCCACCGCGAGGACCUCCAAAUCAACAAGUCCAAGAAGAACGACCCCUCCGACCAGAUAUAUGUUUUCUUCCCCAAUGAUGACAAGGUAGGGAUGAAGCACAUCAAGAAGUACGUUGAAAUGAUGACCCAUGAGAAUGUCUCCAGAGCUAUGGUGGUUCUUCAGCAGAACCUAACUCCAUUUGCAAAGUCGUUUCUCAUAGAAUUGGAGCCAAAGAUCCAUUUGGAAGUUUUCCAGGAGGCCGAGUUGCUUAUAAACAUCAAGGAGCAUGUUCUUGUUCCUGAGCAUCAGGUGCUCACAAAUGAGGAGAAAAAGACGCUAUUGGAACGGUACACCUUAAAGGAAACUCAGCUUCCAAGAAUACAGAUUUCGGAUCCUAUUGCUAGGUACUAUGGCCUCAGAAGAGGUCAGGUCGUGAAGAUCAUCAGACCCAGUGAGACGGCGGGCAGAUACGUUACAUACCGCUAUGUUGUAUGAGACAAAACGUCAGAACGCAGGUGAACUUAAGAAGAGAACCAUAGAUAUGGUAAUUUUUUGAAGCUACACAUACCCCAUGUGCUUGGAGACAUCAGUAUCGCUUUGUAGCAGACACUAUUAACGAUAAGUGGCUGUUGUGUAAGUGAAUUGAAUAAGCUGAGUAUAUGGACCAUACGUGAAUUCUCAUGUUGUACACUUUGUUGUAUGAACUGUAUAAACACUCAAAUAAUAAAAAAGAAGCCUGUUUUCGGAGCUGACAGAAGCUCCUGCAAUCAGGAUUUCGGAUUUCA